AACAGGGCGAAGUCGCAUGUUUCUCUCCACAAUGACAGAAGCUGCGCAUCACCCAUCUCCAAGCCCCAUCCGUGUCUGUCAUUGCGGAGCCAAACCUCCUCGGGUUGUCCCUUGCUCUCCGAUGAGCGUCUCGAUUUGGGGGUCCGGGGUAGCCGAAACCGGGCAGAUUUCCUGGGGAAGACCGAAGUGAAAGUUGAAAAUGCGGGGGAGAGAAGGUUACCGGAGAUGGAGAAGACGCUAGAUAUGCACAGUGUGUCCCUCCCUAGCCAAGGUGAGACUGAGUGGAUGAGAAAGUGUCCAGGGUGGGGACCGUGCUUUUUGUUUAAAGUGCAGCCCUCCCGCGAAUUCAGUAUUUCUAUGUGUCA